AUGACAAUCAACAUGAUGACCACAUUGAAUUUGACAGCUUUUAAUCCAGACUCCUUCAUUUUGGUGGGGAUCCCAGGGCUGGAGCAGUUUCACAUCUGGAUUGGAAUUCCUUUCUGUACCAUCUACCUUGUGGCCCUUGCAGGUAAUGGCAUUCUUCUCUACCUCAUCACUAUGGACCGCAGCCUCCAUGAACCCAUGUUCUUCUUCCUCUCCAUGUUGGCCUCUACGGACCUCAUAUUGUGCAACACAUGUGUCCCCAAAAUGCUUGGCAUAUUAUGGUUGAAAGCUCAGAAAAUCACAUUUUCUGGCUGCCUCACCCAGUUGUUCUUUCUCCACUUCAGCUUCUUUCUGGACUCAGCCAUAUUAUUGGGUAUGGCAUUUGAUCGCUACCUGGCCAUUUGCUCCCCCUUGAGGUACAGCAGUGUCUUGACACCUAGAACAAUUGUCAAGAUCUCGGUAGGCAUUGUUGGUCGGAGCUUUAGUAUCAUUUUGCCUGUUGUUUUCCUGGUGAAGCGUUUGCCCUUCUGCAGGACACGUAUCAUCCCUCACACAUACUGUGAGCACAUAGCGGUGGCACGGCUCUCCUGUGCUAGUAUCUCCAUCAAUAUCUGGUAUGGCUUCACUAUACCUCUAAUGGCGAUUAUGUCAGACCUGAUCCUCAUUGGUAUUUCCUACACUCUCAUUCUUCGUGCUGUUUUUCACCUUCCGUCUAGAGAUGCCCGCCAGAAAGCUCUCAGCACCUGUGGGUCUCAUGUCAGUGUCAUUCUCAUAUUCUACACAUCAGCCUUGUUCUCUGCCCUUACACAUCGCUUCGGCCACAACAUCUCUCUCGCCUUUCACAUCAUGUUUGCUAAUCUCUAUGUAGCAAUCCCUCCUGCACUCAAUCCCAUCAUUUAUGGUGUAAAAACAAAGCAGAUCAGGGACAAAGUUGUCCUUCUACUCUUUCCUAAAGGGAACAGUGACCUGGGGAUGAGGGCAUAG